GCUCCACAAUCUUCCAAACUGAUGGGCCAUUCCUUGGCCGCAUGAUGGAGAUGGAAGACCGCUCAUUGUCCAGUACAGAUGCUCCUGACAGGUCAUGGCGCCCACGCGAAGCCCAGGCCCUCCAGGUUCCCCGGGGCCAAGGGGUCUCGGAGCGCACAGCUCACAGCUUCACAUGCUGCGAGCGGACGCCACCGGUGGAGUUGACGCGCGUCUUUGGGGCGUACGCGCUGCCACUUGCUGCGCCAGAUAUGGUGGGGGACAGGGAGAAGGUGCGCAGCAAGAGCUUUGAUCUGGGCAACCUGCGAGUGCUGGAAAACCUGACACCAACAGAUCGGUCAGACCCCACAAGUGAACAUCAGCACUGGCACUCUUUUUUCAUGAGCUGGCGUGAUUGGCGCCGGACCUGGAUCGGAAGGGGGCUAGAGAUUGCCCUUGUGCUGGUGUAUAUCGCGGUGGAGGCAGCUAAGAUCCUGUUGAGCGUGAAGGCGCUUCAUGGCGAGACGCCCACGGAUGGCCAGGUGUUAGUUGUCUUUCAAGGGGCAGUCUCUCUGGCGAGCGGCAUUUUCGUCACGGCCUGCUUAGAGGGUCUUGCUGGUUUGAAGCUCGCCUUCUCGCCCAUUUGCACCUUACGCUGCCUGCCAGUGGCCGCCGGAUUUUCCCUCAGCCAAACCGCCUUGGCUUUGGCUUUGGUUGAGGGCCUGGGCGCGGCAGUUGUGAUGGUGACCGGCUAUUUUUACAUGCCGCUUUGCGCUCUUCUGAGCGCCCUGGUCUUCAGAAGGCGCUAUGGCUGGCUUGAAAUUCAUGGCCUGGCCUUCUUGACCACGAGCAUCAUGAUUUUCGUGGAGCUGGGCAAUCGUGUCGCCCGAGUCCCGAACAGCUUUCAGGCGUUCGAAUACAAUAUCGUUUCCAUCGUGUUGUCGUGUUUCGCAUCGGUUUAUUUGGAGAAGAUCCUGAAGCCGAAGUACUCUGAAAGGACAUCUUUGAAUCAGCACUACUACAUCCAGAAGGUUUGGCUGGAAAUUGGCGGCCUUGUGCUUUCCAUCCCUGGCUUGUUUGCCUUCCAGGCGCUGAGCUCCAAAAAGCAGAUCUUCUCAGGCUCUUGGCUCGAAAAGAUCGAGGCUGCAUUCACAGGGUGGAUGUGUGCUGCCCUAGCUGCCCGUGUAGUGCAGAGUUGGUUCACCGGCCUAGUCUCAAAAUACCUCUCAACACUCGGCAGGGCUGUCAUCCAGUGCGUGGCAGUGAUUGUGGUGCAUUUCUGGGACACCUUCUUCUCGAGUGAGCGCUGGGAUUUGGUAACAACUAUGCUUGCGCUCGUCGUAUGCCUGAGCGCAAUGAUGUAUCAGACGGGGCGCAGGAUGACAGUGGUUUCUUGGUCCAGCGCCAGUGGCGAAGCCGGCGGCACCGCAGAAGAGGUCUCGGUGGUCUCGACAUCUGGCCCCAGCCAGCAGCUGACAUCCCCUGAAGGCUCCUUCGAGAUUGAAGGCACGGCCUCGCAGCCUCCCAGCAUCAAGAGGAGAGUAGACGGCUCCAGCUUAGUGCCGGAAGCACAUCUCAUUUGCGAGUUUGAGCCGGCGGAGACGGAGGGCAGAUCGUGUGCACCUUCACAGCAGCAGGCUCAGCCAGGGAUCGGACUGCUGGACCGCACCUGGUAUGAUCAAGCCCAGCACAUCAACAACCAACUAGCGACGUGGCUGGCCUCCUCUGCUGGACUGUCUUCACAGGUGCUGUGCGUGGUGGCCUUCAUCCUUUCUGAUGCGUGUCGUACGCUGAUCAAUGCAUGGGCAAUCAGAGAUACCCCCAUCGUGCAGCAAUCCGUGGUUUGGACCAUGUCCGCCUCCUCCAUACCGAUUGGCAUUCUGAUGUCAGCAGUCCUUGAUGGCCGAGAAGGAGUGUGGGCGUCCUUGCUGUGGCGGGAUUCAUUGACGUGCUUUCCCGUUGCUGCCUGCUUCUCACUCGGGCAGACACUUCAAAUCAAGGCCUACGGUGCCGGCAUCAGUGCCUCUGUGAACACCGUCUUGGGGUACUUCUACAUGCCGAUGAGCGCCAUGUUGAGCCGCUGGGUGUUUCAGAGGGCCUACAGUGCCCUGGAAUGGCUGGCUUUGGCCUUAUUGUCUUUGACUGCGGUCGUUUUCUGCCUGCUCAGGAGCAGCAGAAGCUCUGAGGAUUCAGCCAGCGCUGUGGCCAUCGCCUGCUGCUUGGGCUCGGUGGUGUCGUCCUGCAUUGGCUCGCUGAUGUGCGAGAAGAUCAUGAAGGCUCGCCCAUACCCAUUCUACACCCAGAAGGUUCACCUCGAGUUUGGCGGCCUGGCCACGGCUUCGAUCAUGCUCUUCGUUGUUGGCAGUCUCAGCCCACACCCAGCAGAUGCCUUCUGGAAGGAAAGGGAUGUGGAUGGCCAGAUGGAGGCCGGUCUUUUCGUGGGCUGGAGCUUCAAGACCUUUGCAGCGUUGCUCGGCUCUGUGUUGCAGAGUUGGCUCGGCGGACUGGUCUCCAAGCGCCUCUCCACUGUGGUCAGAUCUGUCGCGCAGUGUUUAUCCCUGCUGAUCAUCUACUUCUUUGGUGACUUGGUCUUGAAGAAGUUGGAGUUUGACUGGAUCGUGGGUGCUGCUGCUAUCAUUGUGGCCCUGAGCGUGCAGGUGUUCACCUUGGCAGGACAGCGCAGGAGGGCCGAAGCGGCUGAAGCCGGGUGAGAAAGUGCAAUGCGCAGUUCGAGCGGCAGAUGUCCAGGAAGCGUGCUUGGUAAGC